AUGACCGGCUACGCCCAAUCCAAGUACAUAGCAGAGAGCCUACUCACCGACGCGGCAGCACGAUGGCACCUCGACAUCUCCAUCUUGCGAUUGGGUCAGGUAGUGGGAAGCAGCGACGCGGGGUCGUCCGAACGCUGGGAGAGUCACGACUGGGUGCACUCAAUGGUACGACUGUGUCGAACGACAGGAUUGAUUCCAUCUGACCUGGUGCAGGUGGACUGGGUCCCCGUGGACCGGAUGUCGCGCGCGAUGCUUGAGAUUGCGCUGCGACCUCGCAGGGAUGACGCUGGGGGUCAGGCAAACGUCUUCCAUCUGGUUCACCCGCGUCAGAUCCCGUUCGCUCAUCUUGCGGAUGCUAUUCAGGCUUCCAGUGGUCCAGCAAGUCAGCAACUUGGGUUCAAGGAAUGGGUGGAGGCUCUUGGCAACUUGCCCGCGGGGAUGCUGUCCGCUGGUAUUGAAGAAGAACGAAUUAGGAUCUUUCCCUUUUUUGCGUCGUUGGUGGGGAAAUGGUGCCCGUCGAUGGAUACGAGUAGGGCUUGCAUGGCUAGUCCCACUUUGGCGGCUUUAAGGCCGAUCGAUGGGGGGUUGUUGGAAAGGUGGUGUAGGGAUUGGGUUUGA